GAGACCCCCCCUCAUCAGCUACCCCUUUUUUCAAUCUAACCCCUUAUAAAUACUCACCCUCCCCUUCCUCUCUUCCUCAGUGAUUCAGUCUCUCAGUAAAUUAAUUCACACCCCACAAGCUAAAGUUUCUUCCUUUCCCUCUCCUCUGUUUCCACCAAAGAAAAAACCCCAUCCAUGGCUUCUUCUGUAUCCACCACACCCACUCUCUACUUCGACGACAAGUGGAAGCUGUCCAAGAAAGAAGGAUCCACCAGAAGCAGGUCCUCCACCACCACCCCUUUCAUCAAGAAUUCCUCCUCGCAGAGAAGGUGCGCGUUUGCGAGCAAGUGUGCCAGGCUCGUCAAGGAGCAGAGGGCGCGCUUCUACAUCAUGAGGCGCUGCGUCACAAUGCUCAUAUGCUGGCGUGACUACAGCGAUUCCUGAAGACAAGAACAAAAGGGUUUGCGAGGGAGACACAAUGGGUUGCUGAGAGGGCAUAAAGCCCUCUCUUUUUGAGUCCCCUUAGUCUUUUUUUUUUUUUUCUUUUUUUUCUUUCGCUUUAGAUCAGAUCCCUUUUCAGUGUUGCGGAGGCCGCUUCAGAUAUACCUGUACAUAAAAAAAAUUGUUUCUCUUGGCUAGAAAUUUUGAAUUUUGUUUUGCUUUUUUUAAGGUUGUUGUUCCGAGAACCCCCGUCAAUGGAGGGUAUCAGUCAUGUUUGGUGUUUACCCUUGUGCUGUCUGAGAAAGAACUACUACUGAUAGAGGAGACAUAUGUUUAGAUUGGAGAGAUUAAUUGAAAUAUAUGAUAUAGCUUAGAGAGAUAAAAAAAAAA